UUUAGAAGGAUACUCAAACACAGCUACUGAAGAGUGGAGGACACACGCUGGUGACUGAAGAUCAGCUAAGAGGUUCAAAGCUAUGCAAAAGUCUGUUGAAUGUUUAAGAAAGGUCGUAAUACAAGAAGAUGCGACUAAAAACAGCCUGGACUGGACAUUUGACUAAGCAGAUUUGAUUGAGGAACAUCGUGUUUGGAUCAAGAUUUCUCUGAAACUUCCAGAAACUGGUUAUGGUUGAAGGUUUGGAUGGUUAUUUGAACACUUUAAAAUGAUUUUUUGCUGGUGGUGUCUAGAAAAAUUGAGCUAAUGUGUGAAACUCAGUUGGAAGAUGUCUCAAGAUGAAGAGUUCCAAGUUGAUGGCAUAGUUAAGUGUAGCUUUUGAAAACAUCAAACUAUGUAAAUUGAAAAGAGAAAUGUUUACACCUCUGGAAUCUGAAUUAAUCUAAAAUAAGGCUGAAAGCAACUCUGGCUCCUACUGAAUACAGAUGAUUUAGCUGUUCAUAGGAACUUUGCCAUAAACCACCAAUGAAACAGUUUGGAUACUCCAAUUCUGAGCAAUCGUGGCCUUCUUUUGUCAACCACACUCCUCGACUACAGCUCAACACUUUAGAUUUUUCUGACUUGUGGGAUGAAGAGGAUCUGGACCUAGACAUUGCUGAUGAUGACUCAUUCCAAAGCAAUGUACCACCCAGGCAAAACCUAGGACACCAUUUGAAUCCUCCAGCACCUCCGCCAGGUCCACCAUUGGCUCCUCCUCUUCCUCCUCCUCUUCCUCCUCUUCUUCCUCCUCAGGCUAAUCCCGUGGCUCUUGGAUCAGGCCGUCGAACUCUGAGGCUCCACUGGAAGGAGUUAUUGAGUUUGCAGCCCCUGCCAAGAGUCAGCCGUUUUGGAUCACAGUCCAUUUGGGCUGCAUUAGAACCUGUUCAUCUGGACACAAACAGACUAGAAUAUCUGUUUGAAAACAAGAGUAGCAGUAAUAAGGCUCUUUCUGCUCUAAAGGAUGGAACACAGAAUCAGCUGUGUGUGUCUGUAUUGAGUGUGAAGCGGAGUAACAUCAUUACUAUAGCCCUGAGCAGCCUGCCUCCUCACCACUUGCUCCCUCCAGCUAUCUACAGCAUGGACUCCAGUGUUCUAGACAGAGAGGAUGUACAAAGGCUUCAGUCUCUGGUCCCAUCUGAGGAAGAGCUGAAAUUGAUUAAGGAGGCAAAAGCUCAAGCACCACGUUGUCCUCUGGCUCUUGCUGAGCAAUGUCUCCUCACUCUGGGUAACGUCACACACCUGAGCUCCAGGCUUCAGCUCUGGGCUUUUGCACUAGACUACGAUACACUGGAGAAGGAAAUUGCAGAGCCUCUCUUUCAUCUCAAGCUUGCAAUGGAGCAGCUGGCAACCAAUCAGACAUUCCACUGUAUUCUUGCAACUGUACUUGCCAUUGGUAACUGUCUCAAUGGCUGCAAGGCUCGAGGGUUUGAAUUGAGCUACCUGGGGAAGCUCUCGCAGGUAAGGGACACACACAGCCGGCAGCCUCUGCUACACCAUGUGUGCGUGUUACUCCUCCAGCUUUACCCACAAUCCUCGGACCUGUACUCUGACAUCACUUCUGUCACCCGGGCCAGUAAGUGUGAUUACUUGCAAGUUCAGUCCAGUCUCUCUGCACUGGAGUCCCUUUGCAAAGCAUCAUGGGAGCAGCUGCAUGUGCUGAAUAAAGAAGGCAUGAAGAAGGGAGCAGGACGAGGAGAAGUGGAUGAGCAGAGAGGCGUUAGCGAGGCAUGCCUCUAUCAGAGAUUGCCACAGUUCCUGAAGGAGUGCAACGAAAGGCUGAAGGUGCUUAGAGCUGUCCAUCGGCGGGUCAUCAACAGAUUUCACUCAUUCCUCAUGUACCUAGGCUAUUCACGCUCCAUGGUGAGGGAGAUGAGUCCGGAUGUGUUCUGCAAAACCGUCAGCAAUUUUGCUUUGGAGUAUAGAGCUGCUUAUCAUGCCGUUCUCCAGCAGAGAGAGAGGGAACGAGAAUGGGAGGAGAAAGAGGAAGAAAGAAUACGAAAAAUGUCCACAUCUACAGCCAAAACAAAGGCCAUAGAAAGCCCAGCUUCAGAUUGUAUGGACCAGUCAGUGCUAGAGGAAGUGCUGAACACACCCACAUCAUCCUCUCGUUUUGACCUCAGUCUCCCACGUCGCCGCAGCAGGACACCAAACAUCAGAGGUUGCUUUCCACGAAGUCUGAAGUGAUAGAAGAAACUGUUCAACCUGCUUGUGAUGACACACAGCCGGUGUCUGUUAUCUUGUUAAAUACACAGCAGUUAAAACAAACCUGUUGAGAAAUACUUGAAACUGAAAUAAUCAUUCAUUAACUUACAGUAAAGCUACUUUUUUUUAUUCCACUUACACUGUAUGUAUCUGCUGAAAUGUGAAUAAAUCUGUUUUCAUCAUUAAA